AUGGUGCACCAAGUGAAGAUUCCUUUGCCGGAGCAUACAGGGGCAACGGAAUUGUGUGCAGCGUGGGAAACGCUCUCCAUGCGCUACGACGUCCUUCGAUCGACGUUUAUCACCGAUCCAACUACCCACGACGCGCUGCUUCGACUACAGCGCGACCACUGUUCCAACCUCCGCCUCCAACAGGACACGGACACUCUGCACGACUCCGAACGCGUGUUUCACGUAGGCGAUGACUUUUUCAGUCGGCUCACGGUGGUGGCAGUGGAACCUGCACUUUCGAACUACGCGCUGUUGACCAUCCAUUGCGCAUUAUGCGACCACGCGUCGCUCCACGCCGUGUUGGCCGACUUCAAGGACAUCUUGCGCUUGGGGCCAACGUCGCAGACACAGCCAUGCGCAUCACGCGUCGAAAGUGUCGUUGACGCUGUCGCGACCGUCCAAGCUGAUAGCGCUCGCACUCGAACAUUCUGGUCGAAAGAUUUGGCCAAUUUGGAACCGUCCAAGUCAUUGCUAACACCCAUCGUGGCGCUUGCACCGCAUAGCAAUCGAGACAUGACAUCUCGUGUGAUCGUUGUAUGCGCGCUGGCCAAACAUUUCUUGACCCAUGCAGCGGACAGUCUCGGCACAACUGUAGACGUGUUGACCAAGGCGGCAUGGGCUGCAACGAUUCGAAAGUACACGAGAUCGGACGACGUCGUUUUUGGACAAGCGAUUUCUUGCCACGACUGUCCAACAUCCGCUUGCCAAGGGAACGUCGGUCCAUUGAGAGGAGUUGUCCCGUGCCGAGUUCAGUUUUCGGACUGCCAGUCUGUGACUUCCUUUUUGUCCCAAGUUCACGACCACGACCGAGCAAUAGUCGAGCAUGGUUACGUCAGUGCGCUGCAAGUGGCUCGGUAUUGCGGCCAUGAAGACGUAGAUUUUGUCGACACGUUGUUCGAGUUUCUACAUGGCGAUGCCCCCAAGUCAAUGGCCCACGAAAUCGUAGCUACUGCCAACAUGGGCAGCUCCUUGCACGUGACUAUUGUUCCGGACGAGGUGGCCUUGACCAUUGUGUGCACUUUCGACUCGACACGUUGGCCAUUGGCGCAAGUGGAAGCGCUGGUGACCGAGCUUGAUUUUACGCUGACGAACUUGAACGCUUUGAUUGACCAAGGUGGCAACGUCGAGCAACUUUGGACUUUGUCCCCUGCCCAAACUGCCGUCAUCGCAAAUGCUUCUACGAGCGGUCAGCAACCGCUUCCUUGGGAACUCCUCCAUCACGCAUUUGAAAGCCACGCGUCUCAUCGGCCCGACGCAAGUGCUAUCGAAUUUGAAGGGGCAACGAUGUCGUAUGGCGACCUGAAUGCCCGCGCCGACAGUGUGGCAUCCAAACUUACUGACAUGGGUGUGUGCGUUGGCUCUCGCGUCGCCGUCGUGAUUGAACGAUGUCUUGAAUUCCCUCUUGGACUCUUGUCGAUUGCAAAGGCCGGAGGAGUAUUUAUGGCCCUGGACGCAACGUUUCCGACCAAUCGACUCGACUUUAUUCUGAGGGACGCGAGCGUCGUGGCGAUUGUCACGACGGAGGCAUAUCGGUCGCGUGUGGAUGAACUGCAAUUGACCCUGCCAACUUUGUACAUCGAUGCCAACGAACCCAUCUCCAACGCCUACGUCGGGUUUUCGCCAGCACUUCAUCAAAUCGCUUGCGCCGACGACGAAGCGUACGUUGUGUACACUUCGGGCUCGACAGGGAAACCCAAGGGUGUGCCCGUCUUUCACAAGAGCGCAGUAAACACGGUGGCGUUCGGCUGCGAUGCUCCCAAGCUCAAGGAAGGUGUCCGCGUGUGUCAAUAUAUGGCAAUUGGGUUCGAUAUGUGUCAGUGGGAAGUGUGGGCAUCGCUGUCGCAUGGAGCCACCCUUGUGAUGCGAAGCAACGACGGGUUUGAUAUUUUAAAGACAGUCGACGUCUUGGCGACCAUUCCCACGGGCCUCGCGUUGCUCGGAGAUCCUGCUCAAUAUCCUCAAUUCAAGUGCGUCUACACUGGCGGUGAAGCGCUUCCAACGUACCUGAAGGAUCUAUGGUGCGACAACGUUGCGCUCGUGAAUGCGUACGGGCCAACAGAGGGAGCGAUGAUCACACAUGUCGAAACCAUGUCGAGAGAUAAAGUGGUGACACUUGGAAAGCCGUUGGCAAAUGUGACGUCCUACGUGUUGGAUGACAACCAGCGGCCAGUGCCUGUUGGAGUCGUUGGCGAGCUGUACUUGGGCGGUGUGUGUGUCUCGCCUUGCUACAUCAACUUACCUCACCAAACGCAAGAGCGGUUUUUGACCGAUCCGUUCACUGGCGGACGCAUGUUUCGUACGGGCGACUUUGUUCGGCUACUGCCGACUGGCAACAUGGACAUUCUCGGCCGAAGGGACAACCAAGUCAAGUUGAACGGUUACCGUAUUGAGCUGGACGAAAUUGCCGAAGCCAUGAUGCAGCACCCGGAUGUGUCCACCGCCGCGGUCAUCGUGAAGGACAAGGUGCAUCUCGUGGGGUACUAUUUCCCUCCGACCGUCGACCUGAAAGCACUGCAGCAAACUGUCACCGAUCAACUUCCCGCCUACAUGGUCCCUUCGAUCUGGGUUGGCCUCUCUGUCAUGCCGCAAAACGCCAACGGAAAGACAGACAAGAAGGCUCUCGAGGCGAUGGAUAUCGUGCUGAACGUCGAAGCGUUGGAGACGGCCGAGCAGCAGCGAAUGGCAGAAGUUUGGGCCGACGUACUGGGCACGAAUUUGUCUGACAUUGGUCGGACAACGUCGUUCUACGCUCUUGGCGGGGAUUCCAUCUCGGCCAUUCGUCUCGCUGCCAAGGCCAAAAGCGCAGGGUUUGGUCUAACGUCUCGCGUCAUCAUGAAGAACCCUAUCUUUGAAAACAUGGUCCGUUUGGCAACUGCAUGCGCACCCAGCGAUGCAAUCGACAAUGCGUACAAAGGAGAAGUGUCGGGCACAGUCACACUGACGCCCAUCCAACACUUCAACUUCAGCCACGAAUGGGUGAACCCUCACUUUUGGACGCAGUCCAUUACCCUGAAGCCUCGUCGCGUUCUCAGCAUGGACGAGCUUGUUCGCGCCGCAUCUCAACUUGAAACGCACCACGACAUGCUUCGCGCACGGUUCGAGUUGUCUCCAACUGGAGUAUGGUCGCAGUAUAUUCCCAUGCGGACAGUGCCCGAACGCCCAAAUGUUGAAUUUGUUGACCUCGAGAACGAAGAAGACCUCGACGCAGCAGUGAUGGUCAAAGAAAAGUCCCUCAAUUUGUUCACAGGGCCUGUGUACGCUGUGACUGUGUUUCAGACGCCAUCGAAUUCCCAGUUCUUGCACAUCACGAUUCAUCACACAUUGGUGGAUCUGGUAUCGUAUCGAAUCCUUCUGGAUGACUUGCAAGCGCUCUUGUGCAACAAACCCCUUGGGCCCAAGUCGAUGCCAUUCAAGGUUUGGGCUGAACAUCUUGCGUCCCAAGCGCUGGAAUGGAAUCCGUCCAACUGGUCCGACUACUUGUACGAAGAUGCUUGUCCACCAGAACAUGGCAUUGUCGGCAAGGUUCAAUCCACUGGCAUUUUACCCGAAGCGAUCGCGAAUAAGCUUGAUGCGGCUAACGCAGUGUACGGCACAAAUGUCCAGGACUUGGCACUUGCAGCGCUGACGUGCGCGUAUGGUGAACUUCUGCAAGGGGACUCCAUUGAAGGUUAUGCCCUCCCACUCAUGCUCGAAGGCCACGGCCGUGAACCGUGGUCAACGGAUCUUGACGUGUCCACUACCGUUGGUUGGUUUACCAGUGUGUACCCGAUUGUGCUUUUCGCGACAUCCAACCUUGCAAAUCUCGUGCGUCAAGUCAAGCAAAAACUUCGUGCAGUUCCAGACGGCGGCAUCUCGUACGGUGCGCUGAAGUAUAUGGUCCCGGUCACCGAAUCCACGCAAACCAUUGUGUCCCACCGCCACCACAACAUGACUUUCAACUAUGCUGGUCGGUUCCAGGAAUUGAAUUCGGGCAACAGUUUGUUCGAGGCACUGCAUGGCGUGAAGGACGUAUUGGGCCCAGAUGAGCAUCAUUUCAGUGGCGAGAACUUGUUUCUCCAUCACGUCGAUGGCAAUCUCGUCUUGGACGUGAACGUUGCUGAUUGGCUCUUCACUGUUGUCGACGUCCAGAAGCUGACCAAGUUGUGGGCCACGUGGAUGGAGAAAAUAAUUGACCAUUGCCUUGAGCCCAGUACUCUUGGUGGCCGCACCCUGUCCGACGUACCCCUUCUGGCGUCGUCGGCAGUACUCGACAACGCCGAGUUGGAAUGCCUGGAAACUCUGCACUUGCGCCCUGUCGACGUCGAAGAUAUGUAUCCCGCGACGCCGCUGCAAAGCGGGUUGAUAUUGGCCAUGAUUCGCGAUCCCACCGACUACGUCCUCCACAACAUUUUCGACAUUCGUGGCGACUUGGAUCUGGCAACGUUUCGUGCGGCCUGGAAGAAGCUCACUCAUCUCGAGCCUGUUUUGAGAACUGCGUUUGUGUCCACGAUUGGUGGAAUUGUUCAAGUUGUCACGAAGGGCGAUUUGAGCGACUGGACAACGUGGCAUCAAACAUGGCAGCUCGACGACCUGGAUGCGGCCACCAAAGCUUUCCUAGCUAAAGAUCGCGACCGAGGAUUCUCACUACAGGACAAAUCAUUCAACCGAUUCACCGUGGUCCCGGUGUCAGAUGGAAGCACUCGUGUCUUUUGGACAACUCACCACUCUGUUGCAGAGGGCUGGUCGGGCAGUCUCCUCGUGAAUAAAUUGCGCAAACUGUGCCGGGGCGAAGCCGUGCUACCAAGUGUGUCGACCUUCAAGGAUCACGUCACAUGGCUUCUGCAGCAAGACAAGUCGACCAGCAAAGCGUUUUGGAAGUCACACCUCCAAGGCAUCGACGAUGCGGGCACUCUCAGCUUGCCUCGCCCACCCACGCAAAGACUGGACAAGGGCUUUAAGUAUGCCUUGUCCAAACAUGUGAUCGAACUACCAGAACUGAACGCGGUAUGCCAACAACUCCAUGUCACCCCAAGCAGCAUCUUUCGUGCGGCUUGGGCAAUUUUAUUGCACCAAUACACGCGCACCAAUUGCGUCAAGUUUGGUUGUGUUGUGUCUGGGCGCGACACCGACAUGGACGGCGUUGAGAGUGUCGUCGGUGUGUUGGUCAACACGAUUCCGAUUGUGACUAACGUAUGUGUUGAUCAAGCCGUUGGGGACCUCGUGCGAUCGAUGCAUGCAUCGUCGUUGGACCUGAUACCGCAUUCCCAUUCGAGUCUCCAAGACAUUAAAAAAUGGUCCGGCGUGCAAAACGAACUCUUUGACUCGAUCAUGAUGUACGGCAGCUACCCAGAAGCCGACUCGAACGACGGCGGCAAGUUUUCUUUGGAUUUUCAAGUCGCUGACGAGUAUGUCGACACGAACCUUGGUCUUGUUGUCUACCCAACGGGCGACCGUUUCCGAGUGGAGCUGUGCAUGAACGUCCAUCAAGUGGACGAGCGCAUGCUCGACUUGAUCGACCAACGUUUUUUGGCGAUUGUCGCCAAAGUCGCGUCGCCGUCGUGGACCGUCCAACCAAUGCAGAGUUUAGAUGUGCUUGAAGCCAACGAAGAUGCCCUCGUGAUGACGGCAAUCAAGGGAAGAGAAAUUCCUCUACCGUUUUCCCUUCUCCACAAUGGAUUCGAGGCCCAAGCUGCGCGGCGGCCACAAGCAACGGCUCUAGAAUUCCUCAAAGAUUCACUAACAUAUGCUGAGUUGAAUUCGCAAGCAAGUCAAGUGGCGAGCCAACUGACCGAGGUGGGUGUUCGUGUCGGCACUCGAUUCAUGGCCGUGGGAUUUGACGUGUGCCAGUGGGAGAUCUGGACGACGUUGUCCAGCGGCGCCACGUUGGUAUUGCGCAGCGAAGAAGCCUUGGACACCCUCAAGGAUGUCAACGUGUUGGCCACCAUCCCCACAGGCCUGUCGUUGAUGGGAGACCCGAGCGAAUAUCCAAACCUCACGUUUGUUCAAGUGGGUGGAGAAGCCCUGCCAACGUCGUUGAAGGAUCUUUGGUCCGACCGUGUCCGUUUGGUCAACGCGUACGGACCUACGGAAUGCUGUAUGUUGUCGCACGUGAAGCGGAUGUCGAUUGGUGACGAUGUCACGAUUGGGGCACCGCUCGCAAAUGUGACCUCGUACGUCCUGGACGAACAUCAGCGUUUGGUGCCUGUGGGCGUCGUCGGUGAAUUGUACUUGGGUGGAGUGUGCGUGUCGCCUUGCUACAUCAAUUUGCCCGAACAAACGUCUGAACGCUUUGUGGACGAUCCGUUUACCGGGGAACGAAUGUUUCGCACUGGCGACUUUGCUCGCUUGUUGCCGAGCGGCAACUUUGAAAUUUUGGGCCGCAAGGACAGUCAAGUGAAGCUCAAGGGGUAUCGCGUCGAGUUGGACGAAGUCGCCGAAGCUAUCAUGCAGCACCCCAACGUGAUUGCCGCUGCCGCAUUGGUCAAGGACAAGACGCACUUGGUGGGGUACUUUUCGCCGGCCGACGUGGACACGGCAGAGCUGCACCGCAUUGUGUCUGACCAGCUGCCAGUGUACAUGGUGCCGUCGUUGUGGGUUGGAUUGAAUGACAUGCCCCAAAACGUGAACGGCAAAAUAAACAAGAAGGCCCUGGAAUUGAUGGACAUUGAGAUGGAGGUGGAAUCGCUUGCGUCCGAGACUGAAGAGAUCAUGUCGCGGGUAUGGGCGGAUGUGUUGGGCGUUGCUUUGUCCGAUAUUGGUCGCAACACGUCGUUCUAUGCUCUUGGCGGUGACUCAAUAUCUGCAAUUCGGUUAGUCGCCAAGGCUAAGCAGUUCGGCCUGGCUGUUUCAAGCCAGUUGGUCAUGAAAUAUCCGAAGUUGUCCGAAAUGGCGGCAAAUACCAUGCCAUUGCAAGUUCGAGCAACCGAAAACGCUGUUGUCACAGGAGACGUCCCGUUGACUCCCAUCCAGCACAUGAACUUUGCCCACCCGUGGAAGAACUUGCAUCACUGGAACAUGUCCUUCACAAUUCAACCGCGCAGUCACCUUCAACUUGACGAUCUUGUACGCGCUGUCAACCAAUUGGUCCACCACCACGAUGUCCUGCGGACUCGAUUCCUAUUUUGCCCCGUCAACGGAUGGUCGCAACAGAUUUUGGACAUCUCGGCGACGACGCUUGACAAGGUGAAUCGCGUCCAACUGACCAACUUGUCCGAGUUGGAAGGUGCGAUCUGCAAAAUUGAAAAUACACUCAACUUGACGGACGGACCGGUUUUUAUCGUGACCUUGUUUGAGUCGGCGGAAAGCAAGGCCCAGUACGUGCAUUUUACAAUGCACCACACGAUUGCGGAUUUGGUGUCGUGGAGAAUUUUGACAGACGACUUGCAAACGUGCUUGCUCAACAAGAAACUCGUAUUUAAGACAACGUCGAUGAAGGAGUGGUCGGAGAGACUGUCCAAGGCAGCUCUUACAUUUGAUCCCGCUGCAUGGUUGGAGUACAUGGGCGACGACACUGUACCACCAACUGACGCGAGUGGCUGCAUUCUCACGAAGAAGACCGCACUGGAUGCGACUUAUACGUCAAAAUUCGACCUUGCCAACGUUACCUACGGCACGAACAUUCAAGAACUAGCGCUGGCGGCGCUAACAGGUGCAUUUGGUGCCCUUCAAAGUGACCGGACGAGUGAACGGCGUCCCCUGCAACUUAUGCUGGAGAGCCAUGGCCGUGAGACUUGGAGCCCUGACUUGGACGUAUCAGGUACCGUUGGGUGGUUCACUUGCGAAUAUCCUGUCGUGUUUUUCCCGACAACGACUUUGGCCGACUUGAUUCGCCAAGUCAAGCAAAAGCUUCGCGGCCUCCCCAAUCAUGGAUUAUCGUAUGGAGCUAUCAAGUAUCUCGUACCUGAAUCCGACACGGUUGAGCGCAUCAAGUCUCAUCGUCGCCACAACCUUUCGUUUAAUUACUUUGGUCGAUUCCAAGAAGUGAGCAGUGACACGAGCAUGUUUGAUUUGGUGCAAGGCCUGAACAUUCCCCAAAAAGCCGCCGAUGAAUUGGAAUUCUCUCCUGCUUCGUUGAAUUUGAUUCACGUCGGGUCGGAGCUGGUUUUGGAAAGUGAGGUCCCCGAUUGGCUCUUUUCACGCCCCGAGCUUGAUGCGUUGUGCGAACUGUGGGUGUCCUUCAUGCAACAGAUCAUCGACCAUUGCUUGGAUUCCAACACGAUUGGCGGGCGCACUUUGUCUGAUGUUGGUUUAUUGCCAUCCACUGCUGUCCUUGAAGACAUUGAAAUGGAAAUGCUCAAGUCGCAGUCGCUUCGACCGUUGGACGUCGAAGACAUUUACCCUGUCACAGGGCUGCAAGCAGGCAUGUUGUUGGCAAUGAUACAGGACCCAGCGGAAUACGUGCUACAAUCAGUCUUUGACAUUCGUGGCGACUUCAAUUUUUCACGGCUGCAGGAAUGUUGGGCUCUAUUGGCGCAAGAUAUCCAAAUGCUCCGAACGGUUUUUGUCGCAACACCGCACGGAAUGUACCAAGCCGUGACGAAGGACGACUUCAGUGAAUGGAACGAAUUGGAUGAGGCAUGGCAAGCUGACGACAUCGAGUCGCAAACCAAGGCCUUGAUGAAACGCGAUCGUGAACGUGGGUUCACUUUGGCGACGAAAUCGUUUCAACGAUUCACUGGAGUUCGCGUGACUGAUGGCCGAACACGCGUUCUGUGGACGCAGCAUCAUGCAGUGAUGGAUGGGUGGUCGCUGCCUUUGACCAUGGACCGCUUACUGUCCGUUUGCCAUGGGGAAUCCAACUACACUCCUGUCACACCGUUCAAGCGAUACAUUGAAUGGAGCAUGAUACAAGACCAGGAAAGCAGCCGACUUUUCUGGGCAACUGUCUUGGCCGAUUUCGACAAGACGUCUGGCUUGGUACUGCCCAAGCCACACGUGCAAGAUAUCACGCGCCCCAAGUACGGAUCGACUACAUGCAGACUUCAACUUCCAGGCUUGGAUGAUGUCUGCCGAUUGCACGGUGUGACGGCAAGCUCGGUAUUCCGCACAGCAUGGGCGAUCAUCCUCCAGCAGUACACACGAUGCGAGCACGUCGUGUUUGGAUCUGUCGUUUCAGGCCGCGAUGUCGACGUUGCAGGAGUGGAUCGAAUGAUCGGGGUCUCCAUUAACUCGAUCCCUGUCAUGACGCACCUUACGCCAUCUACCACACUUGCCCGUGCCGUUGCAAGUAUGCACGAGCAAUCGUCCGACUCCAUUCCCCAUGCCCACUGCGGGUUGGUCGAUAUCAAGAAGUGGGCGGGUGUGAUGGCGCAUAAAGCCCUUUUUGACACGAUUAUGGUGUACGAAAACUAUCCCGCGUCGACCCGUGUUCACGACCCCGCCGCUCCGUUUUCCAUUGACCUUGUCGCUGAAGAAGAAUUCGUUGACGUGACCAUGAGCAUGCUUGUAGUCAGGGAAGACGAUUCCUACGCCGUAACACUGAUUUACAAGUGCUCUGAAACCGAUGCCUCGACCGUGGAGCACUUGAUGAGCCGAGUUGCGCACGUUGUGACGACACUCGCAACACCCGACGAACUGAACUCAGCAAUCAGCAGCUUGGACAUCGCUGCGGUGAAAGAGCAAGCCAUCUUGGGCAAUGCCAUGUAUGGUCCAACCGUGUCAUGGCCGGCCAACUUGCUGCUCCACCAUCCGUUUGAAAACCAAGCUCUUCAAUGCCCGGACGCUCGUGCCAUCGAAUUUGAAGACCGGUAUUUGACAUACGGAGAGCUGAAUGCACAAGCAGACACAGUGGCUUACCAACUAACCAACGUGGGGGUGCGCAAGGACACUCGAGUGGCCAUCAUUAUGGAACGCUGUUUGGAAUUUCCCAUUGGGAUGCUCGCUGUCCUGAAGGCCGGAGCCACCGUGCUUCCUCUCGAUGCCACGUUUCCACCAAGUCGAUUGUCGUACAUGCUCUCGGAUGCGAACGCCGUUGCUGUCUUGACCACAGAGACCCACCAAACACGCAUCGAAGAAUUGGACUUGACAAUCCCCACGCUGUAUAUCGACUCGUCGUCUCUGCGACGACAAUCGCAUGCCUUCCAUCCUUCAGAUGAUCAUCGCGCCAACGAGUGGAGUGAGGCGUAUGUCGUGUACACGUCGGGAUCUACCGGCAAACCCAAGGGCGUACCGGUUUUUCACAAGAGUGCGGUCAACACGAUAUUGUUUAGCAUUGGCUGCACCGAAUUGACAUCUGGAAUACGAGUCCUCCAGUUCAUGGCCGUGGGAUUUGACGUGUACCAGUGGGAAGUCUGGGGGACAUUGUCCAGUGGCGCCACCUUGGUCUUCCGCACCAACGACUCUUUCGACACCCUCUCAGACGUGAACGCUCUGACCAUAACCCCGACAGGUUUGUCCAAGUUGGGAGAUCCAAGACAUUUUCCCCGCCUCAAGGUCGUGCUCGUUGGGGGUGAAGCCCUGCCAACUGCAUUGAAAAACUUGUGGUGUCAGCAUGUUCGAUUGAUCAACGCGUACGGUCCCACCGAAUGUUGCAUCCUCAGCCACGUUGAGCCAAUGGUUCCCCAAGAAGAUGUCACAAUCGGGAGCCCAAUAUCGAAUGUGACUUCGUACAUCCUGGACGAAAACCAAGGCGUGGUCCCGGUGGGCGUGAUUGGAGAACUGUACUUGGGUGGUGUCUGUGUGUCGCCGUACUACAUCAACUUGCCCGAGCAAACCGAGGAACGUUUCUUGGUCGAUCCGUUCAGCGGUGGACGCAUGUUCCGCACGGGAGACUUUGCGCGCCUUCUGCCGAACGGCAAAUUCGAGAUCCUGGGUCGCAAGGACAGCCAGGUCAAGCUCAAAGGGUACCGAAUUGAGCUGGAAGAGGUCGCGAAUGCCAUGAUGUUGUUCCCGUCCGUCGUGACUGCUGCGGCAAUUGUAAAGAACUCGACCCUCGUCGGGUACUACUCACCGAGCUCCGUCGCGCUGGACGAGUUGCAAGCAUUUGUGUCGACACAACUGCCUGUGUACAUGGUACCGUCGGUGUGGACUGGCUUGGACGUCAUGCCGCAGAAUUCCAAUGGGAAGGUGGACAAGAAAGCGUUGGAGGCGUUGGAGCUGGAUGUGACCGUGGAGGCACUGGAAUCGGCGUCGGAGAAGCUGAUGGCGACAGUGUGGGCACAAGUUUUGCGAGUCGACGAGAGUAAGAUUGGCCGCCACACGUCGUUCUUUUCUGUCGGAGGCGACUCGUUGUCAGCGGUGCAAGUGGUGUCUGCUUGUGCGAAGAUCGGCUUGCCGAUCACCGUUCGGCAGCUCAUGCAAGAGUCAGUGCUGUCGAAGGUGGCAGCAUGUGUGGCUAUCUCGGACGAUGUUGUCUACGACUCGGUGGCCGUGUCACAGGCAACUGAGGAUGAAGUCCGCGACCUGUGGUCCGACCGGCUCAGCUUGGACAAAUUCAUCGUAUACCCGACGACGCCAUUGCAAGCUGGCAUGAUCUACUCCACGAUGAUGUCUCCAUCCAGUUACCUCUUGCAAUUGGGAGAUCCAAGAAAUUAUCCCCGCCUCAAGGUGGUGCACAUUGGGGGUGAAGGCAUGCCAACAGCAUUGAAGAACUUGUGGUGUCAGCAUGUUCGGCUGGUCAACGCGUACGGCCCCACCGAAUGUUGCAUCCUCAGCCAUGUUGAGCAAAUGGUUCCCCAAGACGACGUCACAAUUGGGAGCCCGAUAUCGAAUGUGACUUCGUACAUUCUGGACGAAAACCAAUGCGUGGUCCCGGUGGGCGUAAUUGGAGAACUGUACUUGGGUGGUGUCUGUGUGUCGCCGUACUACAUCAACUUGCCCGAGCAAACCGAGGAACGUUUCUUGGCCGAUCCGUUCAGCGGUGGACGCAUGUUCCGCACGGGAGACUUUGCGCGCCUUCUGCCGAACGGCAAAUUCGAGAUCCUGGGUCGCAAGGACAGCCAGGUCAAGCUCAAGGGGUACCGAAUUGAACUGGAAGAGGUCGCGAAAGCCAUGAUGUUGUUCCCGUCCGUCGCGACUGCUGCGGCAAUUGUGAAGAACUCGACCCUCGUCGGGUACUACUCACCGAGCUCCGUCGCGCUGGACGAGUUGCAAGCAUUUGUGUCGACCCAACUGCCUGUGUACAUGGUGCCGGCGGUGUGGACUGGCUUGGACGUCAUGCCGCAGAAUUCCAAUGGGAAGGUGGACAAGAAAGCGUUGGAGGCGUUGGAGCUGGAAGUGACCGUGGAGGCACUGGAAUCGGCGUCGGAGAAGCUGAUGGCGACAGUGUGGGCGCAAGUCUUGCGCGUCGACGAGAGUAAGAUUGGCCGCCACACGUCGUUCUUUUCUGUCGGAGGCGACUCGUUGUCAGCGGUGCAAGUGGUGUCUGCUUGUGCGAAGAUCGGCUUGCCGAUCACCGUUCGGCAGCUCAUGCAAGAGUCAGUGCUGUCGAAGGUGGCAGCAUGUGUGGCUAUCUCGGACGAUGUUGUCUACGACUCGGUGGCCGUGUCACAGGCAACUGAGGAUGAAGUCCGCGACCUGUGGUCCGACCGGCUCAGCUUGGACAAGUACAUCGUAUACCCGACGACGCCAUUGCAAGCUGGCAUGAUCUACUCCACGAUGAUGUCUCCAUCCAGUUACCUCUUGCAAGUGCCAAUUGCGAUCGAAGACGACGUGUCAACGGACCAGUUUUGCUCCGGAUUUGUUGACCUUGUGGACUCGUCCGAGACCCUCCGGACAACGUUUGUGACGACGACGGAGGGUAUUGUCCAAGUCAUUCGAGAGGAUGGUCUGACUCCGGAGCGCGUGUCCGUGGACGACCUGAGAACUUUCAUCCAGGCGGACUUUGCGCGCGGCUUCUGCAUUGGCGACAAGCAUUUCGUUCGACUGACGAUCGUGACGGAAGGACCCCGGAGACAUGCCGUGUUGUCAGUCCACCACGCUUUGUACGACGGGUGGUCGAUUGAGCUUGUUCUAUCAGACCUGAUGGAUCGGGUGUACGGGAAGCCAGUGGUGUCGAGGCCACCCUUCCGCCAUGUCGUCGACUACAUUCAUGCCCAAGACAAGACGCAGGACGAAGAGUUCUGGAAGUCGUACUUGGCUGGCGUCGUGUCGGCACCGCUGGCCUUGUCGACGACAAAGUCGGAUGUUGAGAGCGGAUCGUUGUCCUUGACACCGACGUUGCCGUUGGGGCAGCUGACGGACUUGGCCAAGGAAAUGGGCUCGACGGUAGCCGUGUGCGCCAAACUGGCGUGGGCAGCUACGUUGCGCAAGUUUACUCGCUCGAACGACGUCGUGUUUGGUCAAGUGACGGCGAACCGCGACAUCCUCCUGAAAGAUGUUGACUUGAUUAUCGGUCCUCUCAUCAAUACGGUGCCAUGCCGAGUUCAGUUCGACAACAGUUGCUCGGUGCUCGACUUGGUGGACAUGGUGCAGCAAGACCAACGAAGGGUGUCGUUGCAUGCACACGUGGGCUUGUCGGACGUGAAGCAGUGGAGUGGCGUUGAAGGAGCUCUUUUCAACACCCUGUUCGUCUUCCAGAACGCAUCCAUGGGUAUCGGUUCUGGACAAGACGUGGUCGAAAUCGAGUCUCAGAAGGCCACGGGAUUCGACUUUGAGCUGAUUGUGGAGACAUCGUCUGCGAAAAUGUUCGUCACUUGCUUGUACGACCCAGCUCAAAUGUCAUGGUCCCAAGCACGGUCCAUUGUGGACGAGUUUGAUUUUACUCUGAGCCAGUUCUAUCAAGCCUGCUUGGCCAAGCAGGACGCGUCGCAUUUGUGGCUCCUCAGCCCGAGCAAGCUCGAAGCUAUUAUGAAGGCGUCUACGGGCCCUGCAACUCCGCUUCCACACUGUCGAUUGCAUGCAGCAUUUGAAGACAUUGCACUCCGCCAACCGACCAUUCCAGCUGUCGAGUUCAAAUCUAUGAGUCUUACGUACGGACAGCUCAACGCGCAGGCCAAUGCCGUCGCGCGAUUGCUGACUGAGGUGGGCGUUCGUGUCGGCACUCGAGUGGCUGUGAUCAUGGAGCGUUGCCUGGAGUUUCCCAUCGGUCUGUUGGGCGUCCUGAAGGCGGGUGGUACCAUGAUGCCAAUGGACGCUUCGUUUCCGGCUGGCCGCCUUUCGUACAUGAUGGCGGACGCCGGUGCAAUUGCAGUCGUGACGACGGAGGCCCACCGCGCCCGCAUAGAUGAAAUGAACUUGACGACGCCCGUGAUCUUCAUCAAUGCUGCCGAGUUGGCAUUGCAUACGGACGAAGGGUUUUGUCCGGCUGCCAACCAAGUGGCCACCGGCGAUGACGAAGCGUACGUUGUGUACACGUCGGGGUCUACCGGCAAACCCAAGGGUGUACCCGUAUUUCACAAGAGCGCAGUCAACACAGUGUCCUUUGGGCGUGACGAAGCCAAAAUGGAGGAAGGCGUCCGAGUGAUUCAGUUCAUGGCCGUGGGAUUUGACGUGUGCCAGUGGGAGAUCUGGACGACGUUGUCCAGCGGCGCCACGUUGGUAUUGCGCAGCGAAGAAGCCUUGGACACCCUCAAGGAUGUCAACGUGUUGGCCACCAUCCCCACAGGCCUGUCGUUGAUGGGAGACCCGAGCGAAUAUCCAAACCUCACGUUUGUUCAAGUGGGUGGAGAAGCCCUGCCAACGUCGUUGAAGGAUCUUUGGUCCGACCGUGUCCGUUUGGUCAACGCGUACGGACCUACGGAAUGCUGUAUGUUGUCGCACGUGAAGCGGAUGUCGAUUGGUGACGAUGUCACGAUUGGGGCACCGCUCGCAAAUGUGACCUCGUACGUCCUGGACGAACAUCAGCGUUUGGUGCCCGUGGGCGUCGUCGGUGAAUUGUACUUGGGUGGAGUGUGCGUGUCGCCUUGCUACAUCAAUUUGCCCGAACAAACGUCUGAACGCUUUGUGGACGAUCCGUUUACCGGGGAACGAAUGUUUCGCACUGGCGACUUUGCUCGCUUGUUGCCGAGCGGCAACUUUGAAAUUUUGGGCCGCAAGGACAGUCAAGUGAAGCUCAAGGGGUAUCGCGUCGAGUUGGACGAAGUCGCCGAAGCUAUCAUGCAGCACCCCAACGUGAUUGCGGCUGCCGCUUUGGUCAAGGACAAGACGCACUUGGUGGGGUACUUUUCACCGGCCGACGUGGACACGGCAGAGCUGCACCGAAUUGUGUCGGACCAGCUGCCAGUGUACAUGGUGCCGUCGUUGUGGGUUGGAUUGAAUGACAUGCCCCAAAACGUGAACGGCAAAAUAGACAAGAAGGCCCUGGAAUUGAUGGACAUUGAAGUCACAUUGGAGUCGCUCGAGUCCAAGACUGAGGAGCUAUUGUCGUCGGUUUGGUCCGACGUGUUGAGUGUUGAAUUGUCCAAAAUUGGCCGCAACACGUCGUUUUUCGAACUCGGCGGCGAUUCCAUUACCGCAAUUCGUCUCGUCUCGAAAGCACGAGAUAUUGGACUGGGGUUGUCCAGCACGAACGUUAUGAAAUACCCGACGCUUUGGGAAAUGGCGAGUUUUGCAAAGAUGGUGAAAAAUGUGUCGUCGUCGGAUGUAUCGGUCUUUGGCAAGGUCCCUUUGACGCCCAUUCAGCACCUGAACUUCGAGCAUCCUUGGAUCAACGUUCAUUACUGGAACAUGUCGUUCACGCUGCAGCCCCGUGAUGCAACCAAUUCCUCGGAUGUCGAGCGCGCCUUGAAGCAGCUUUUGGCACACCAUGACGUCCUGCGAACUCGGUUUGCGUUUUCCCCAACCAGUGGAUGGUCGCAAGAAAUUUUGGACCCUGCGGCGUUGACGCCUGCGCCAGUUGUCGUGCAUGCCAUCACGUCGUUUGACGAAUUGGAAGAGGCAAUUUGCGCAGUGGAGAAGACGUUGCAUCUAAUCACCGGCCCCGUAUUCCUCCUGAGUAUGUUUGAGACGGCCGAUCGCACUCAGUUCUUGCACUUCACACUGCAUCACACGAUUGUGGAUCUGGUGUCCAUCCGCAUUUUGAUCGACGAUUUGCAGAAGGCUUUACUUAAUGAACCAUUGGGACCAAAGACGACUUCGAUGAAGGAGUGGUCGGACAGGUUGACUGAAGCAGCGCCGUCGUUCGAUCCAACUGCAUGGCUCGGAUACAUGGGUGAUGAUGUGCCGCAUUCAACUCGGACAAGCGAGAAGAUUGUGUCCGCAUCCACGUCCGUUGGUGCAGCGUUGUCGUCUCGACUUGAUCAAGCAAACGCUACGUACAUGACAAACAUCCAAGAACUUGCGCUGGCGGCAUUGACUGGUGCAUUUGCUGAACUACGUGGGGAUGGUACAUGCAACUUCCACAUCAUGCUCGAAAGCCAUGGUCGUGACGGAUGGAAUUCGGACUUGGACGUAUCAAGUACCGUUGGGUGGUUCACAUGCGAAUAUCCCGCCGUGUUUUCUCCGUCGUGGAAUCUUGCAGACCUUGUCCGACAAGUCAAGGAAAAACUUCGAGGGGUUCCAGAUAAUGGGCUGUCUUACGGAGCGAUCAAGUACCUCGCCCCCGAAACAGAAACAAACAGACUCAUCAAAACGCAUCGUCGACACAACUUUUCGUUCAAUUACUUGGGGAAGUUUCAAGAAGUGAGUUCAGGCACAGGCAUGUUUUCCAUGGUGGACGGACUCCGCGUGCCACAAAGAGAAGAAAGCGAAAUCAACUAUAGUCCAGGCAGCCUAACGCUGUACCACAUGGGCUCAGAGCUGAUGCUUGGUGGAUCCGUCGAAGAUUGGAUGUUGUCCAAAGCUGAAUUGGACGAGUUCUUUGGCCUGUGGGUAAAAUGGAUGGAGCGCAUUGUUGAACAUUGCUUGGACCCAUCGACGAUUGGGGGCCGAACGUUGUCCGACGUGCCGUUGUUGGUGGAUGCAGACGUAUUGCACUGCGUUGAGAGCGAAAUGAUGGAGACGCUGCACUUGCGACCUCUGGACGUUGAUGACAUUUAUCCGAUUACGGGAUUGCAAGGCGGUUUUUUGUUGGAGAUGAUUCAAGACCCCUCCGAAUACGUCUUGCAAAUGGUGUUUGAUAUUCGUGGGAAUUUCGACAUGGCUAGCCUCCAAACUUGUUGGCACAAACUCGCACUGGAAGUCCCCAUUCUUCGAACUGUGUUUGUGUCGACCCCGUAUGGAAUGUACCAAGCUGUGACCAAAGAAGACUUGAGCGAAUGGACGAUGCUAGAAGCAGUGUGGUCGAUCGACGAGUUGGAGACCAACACCAAAGCGUUGAUGCAGCAAGACCGUUCGCGAGGUUUUUCCUUGACUUCCAGGUCCUUUCAACGGUUUACAGGCGUCAGCACGUCAGAUGGCCGCACGCGUGUUCUUUGGACACAACACCAUGCGGUAGCGGAUGGUUGGUCGCUCCCGUUGGUGAUGGAUCGGUUCCUGGCAACGUGUUAUGGCGAACCUCUACGAAAACCAUUGACGCCGUUCAAGCAUUACAUUGAAUGGCUGAGUACUCAAUCGGAAGAUGCCAGCUGUGCGUUUUGGAAGCAAACGCUCAAACAUGUUGAAUUGGCGGAGCAACUCACCUUUCCCUGUUCUCACAUCGAGGCAUCGACUGCUCCCAAGUAUCGAUCGAUCGUUCGAGUUGUUGAAGGCUUGGGCUUGACCCACGUAACCCGCAGCCUUGGUGCAACACCCAGCAGUGUCUUCCGCGCCGCUUGGGCUAUUGUACUGCAAGAGUACACCCGAAGUGAAUAUGUCGUGUUUGGGUCGGUUGUGUCAGGCCGUGAAGUGGAGUUGGACGGUAUUGCCCAGAUGGCAGGUGUAUCGAUCAACACAAUUCCGAUUCUUGCGUACAUGCCAUCCACGGAAACCAUUGUACAAUCCAUCAAACAAAUGCAUGAGUACGCUGCCAAUUCGAUUCCGCACUCGCACUGCUGCCUUGCGGACAUCAAAAAGUGGAUCGGUCACGCUUCCGGAAAACAACUCUUUGAUACGAUCAUGGUGUAUGAAAACUAUCCCGCAAGCGAAAAUUCGGAAAAUCCCGAUCGGCCAUUUUCCAUCGAGUUCCAAGACGCGGAAGAGUAUGCCAAUGCCUUGUUGACUUGUGUGGUUGGUGCCCACGGCGACGGCUACAUGGUGAAGCUGAUUUCGAAGAGUGCUGACGUCGAUGCAGCCAUUAUCGACAUAUUGAUGGAUCGCCUCAUCUACGUUGUGGAGCAAAUAUCAGACAUGCGUCAACAAGAUUGCCUUGUCAGCUCCUUGGACCGAUUCACAUCACACGAAGCCAAAAUUAUUCAAGCGUCAAACUUUGGGCCACGAAUCGAUGUCCAGCAUACGUUGCUGCACCAUGGAUUUGAAGCCAUGGCGAACCGCCAACCCACAAGCCAAGCAAUCGAAUUCAAUACUUCCAGGCUCACGUACAGCGAGCUGAACAGCCAAGCAAACACUGUGGCACGUCAACUAACUCAACUUGGCGUUUGCACAGGGACGCGGGUCGCUGUGAUCAUGGAGCGUUGCCUGGAAUUUCCCAUUGGGCUUGUGGCUGUCCUGAAAGCAGGUGGAACCAUGAUGCCGAUGGAUGCGACAUUUCCACCUGGUCGACUCUCGUAUAUGGUAUACAACAGCAAUGCUAUCGCUGUGGUGUCGACAGAGUCAUGUCGCCAUCGUAUCGAAGAGAUGGACUUGGGGAUGCCAGUACUUUACAUCGACUCGACCGAUUUGGCAAUGAACCCUGCCGAAUUUUUGCCAGCAGAAAAUCAAAUUGCUAGUGUUGACGACGAAGCGUAUGUCCUGUACACCUCUGGAUCUACAGGAAAGCCCAAGGGUGUACCUGUUUUGCACAAGAGCGCUGUGAACACGAUAUCGAGUUGCUCCAGCUACGCCGACUUGAAGGAAGGAGUUCGGGUGUCUCAGUUUAUGGCGAUGGGAUUUGACGGUUGUCAGUUGGAAAUCUGGACAACGCUGUCGAAUGGAGCGAUUCUGGUGUUGCGUUCCAACGAAGUGGACAUUCUCACGAAUGUGAAUGUUAUGGUAAUGACUCCGACUGGUUUAGCCUUGAUGGGAGAUCCAAGCCAGUACCCGCACCUCAAAGUUAUCCAUGUUGGCGGUGAAGCCAUCCCAACAACGUUGAAGAACUUAUGGUGCAACCAAGUUCGCCUGGUCAACAUUUAUGGACCAACGGAAUGCUGCAUCGUGUCCCAUUUUGAAACGUUGACGCGGGAUGAAGGUGUCACAGUCGGUCGGCCACUCCCGAAUGUCUCGUCGUACAUCAUGGACGAAAACGCACGACUUGUGCCUGUUGGUGUCGUUGGCGAAUUGUACUUGGGCGGGGUGUGCGUGUCGCCAAGCUACAUCGGUUUGCCUGAACAAACUGCCGAACACUUCCUGGACGAUCCAUUCACUGGUGGUCGCAUGUUUCGCACGGGUGACUAUGCUCGAGUGUUGCCGAAUGGCAAGUUUGACGUAGUCGGUCGCAAGGACAGCCAAGUGAAGCUCAAGGGAUACCGAAUUGAGUUGGACGAAGUCGCCGAAGCUAUGAUGCAGCAUCCAGACGUCGUAGUUGCUGCCGCUUUGGUCAAGGACAAGACACAUCUUGUUGGGUACUUUUCUCCGGCGAGUGUUGAUUUGGUCGACUUGAAGAGCACCGUGUCGAAACACCUGCCUGUUUACAUGAUUCCGUCCGUCUGGGUUGGAUUGGAUGAAAUGCCCCAGAAUUCCAAUGGCAAGGUGAACAUGUUGGCCUUGAAAUCGUUGGACAUCGUAUGUGAGGUCGAACCGCUGGAAACUGAGGAGGAAAAGGCAUUGGCUCAAGUGUGGGCUAACGUGUUGGAUGUUGACGUGGCAACAAUUGGCCGACAAACGUCCUUCUUCGCCAUUGGAGGUGACUCAAUCUCGUCGAUCAAGGUGGCAUCAGCCUGCACCAAAUUGGGAUGGUCUGUAACAGUCCGUCAAAUUUUGACCGAGUCGGUCCUGUCCCGAGUUGCUGCAACUGCAACCACGGGCAACACCAAGUCGUAUCCCCGUGUUGUCGUGCCUCAAGCUGUGCGCGUUGAAGUUGACGACUCAUGGAAACAUUUACUCAACUUGGACGCUUAUGUUGUCUACCCGGUCACCCCGCUUCAACGGAGCAUGGUGUACUCAACCCUGAAUGACCCCUCUGCGUACGUGAUCCAAGUCCCACUGCCUGUGGACCCCAACGUCUCAUCUGCCGCCUUGGGUAACGCAUUUGUCAAACUCGUUGAGCGAUGUGAAAUUCUCCGCACAACAUUUUUGACGACCACGAGUGGCAUUGUCCAAGUCAUUCGAAGUGAUGUCAGCGAUUUGGUGCCGAUUGCUGUGGUAGGCGAUCUGGACGACAUUAUGGCACGUGACCUUGCUCGUGGGUUCUCCAUCGGUGACAAAUACUUUGUUCGUUUCACGAUUGUGUCGAAUGCGACGAACCAGCACGCUUUGAUGACAAUCCAUCACGCAUUGUACGACGGGUGGUCUUUGCCCAUGAUCGUGGCCGAUUGGAUGGCUCUUGUGUCCGGAAGGGAUCCUAUUGUGCGACCGCCAUUUCGUCGUGUGGUCGAAUACAUCGAAGCUCAAGAUGCCCAAGCAACGGAAAGCUUCUGGAAAACAUAUUUGACAGGAUUUGAGCCGUCGCCACUCGUCUUGAGUACGGCUUCAAAUGGUAUUGAAACAGGAUCACUUUGCCUGACCGCGACGUUGCCCUUGGACUCUCUUCACCGUGCGGCCAAAGUAAUGGGCACAACACUCGCCACAUUUGUCAAAGUUGCUUGGGCAGCGGCCUUGCGUAAAUUCAUUCGCUCCGACGAUGUUGUGUUUGGCCAAGUCAUGGCGAAUCGGGAUAUUCCUGUGAAGGAUGCCAACAUAAUCAUUGGUCCUCUUUUGAACACGGUGCCCUGCCGUGUGCGCUUCAAUGACGCUUCCUUGGUGCCAGAGUUGAUUGCGACCGUCCAACGUGAACAGCGCAACAUUUCAUUGCAUUCUCAUGUCGGCCUAGCUGACGUGAAACGAUGGACUGGCACAGAUGGCGACCUGUUUGACACGUUGUUUGUCUUCCAGAAUUUUGCCGAAGGCUCCGGGUCAAUGGACAGCGCGAAACACGAUGCCGAACCAUCUACCUUGUCGCUGGCUUUUGCGUACGAGGUGCUCGUGGGGCCCACAUCGACUGGUUUGUCCAUUCAAACGAUGUUUGACCCUACGCGCAUGUCUUGGUCUCAAGCACGUAUCCUCCUUGACGAAUUCGAUUUCACACUCACGGAAUUGUACUCGACUUGGGAAAGGUCAUUGGAAAUUUCGACUUUGUGGACUUUGGCCCCAACAAUGCAGCAAACGAUUUUGGAGGCGUCAUGUGCGGCGACAUCGCCGUUGCCGUACACGUUACUGCAGCACGCGUUUGAAUCACGAGCUGUGUCCCAUCCCGAUGUACCAGCCAUCGAAUUUUCGAAUGAAGUUUUCACGUAUAGCGAACUGAAUUUCAAGGCCAACGCUGUAGCGAAACAACUCACGAACAUGAACGUCCACGUCGGAUCGCGUGUGGCCGUGAUCAUGGAACGGUGCUUGGAGUUCACGAUUGGUCUGCUAUCAGUGCUCAAAGCAGGAGGGACAAUGAUGCCGUUGGAUGCUACGUUUCCUGCGAAUCGAUUGGCUUUCGUUCUCUUGGACGCCAACGCAUCCGCCGUUGUUACCACCAGAGCGCAUGCCUCCCGCAUCGAAGAAAUGCAGCUGAAUAUUCCCGUCCUCUUUAUCCAGUCAGACGAUCUGUCUGAGUGUGAAUUUGAGCCCAAGGACAACCAGCUCGCGACUGAAAACGACGAAGUUUACGUUGUUUACACGUCUGGAUCAACUGGAACGCCAAAAGGUGUCCCCGUGCUGCACAAGGGUGCUGUAAACGCCGUGAUUCAACGGAAUUCCAUGGUUCCGGUUGAACAAGGACAGCGCGUCCUCCAAUUCAUGUCGGUCGGGUUUGAUGUUUGCCAAUGGGAGAUCUGGAUGGCUUUGUCGCACGGUGCCACGUUGGUAUUACGCGGGGACGACCCCUACGCAACCCUUUCCACGAUAGAUACAUGGAUGUGCACUGUCACGGCACUGCUUCAAUCGGGCGACCCGAGCAACUACCCCAACCUCAAGUGCAUUGCCACCGGUGGGGAAUCCAUGCCCUCCUCACUAAAGGACCUCUGGAGCCCUCGUGUUCGUUUGCUCAAUUGUUAUGGUCCAUCCGAGUGCUCGAUCACGACGCACUACGAGGUCUUGAGUGUCGACACACCCAUCAGCAUUGGCAAACCGAUUGACAAUGUCACGUCAUACGUCCUCGAUGACCAACAGCGUUUGGUCCCCAUCGGCGUUGUUGGGGAAUUGUACCUUGGUGGCAUCUGUGUAUCGAAUGGGUACAUCAAUUUGCCUGAUCAAACCGCCGAGCGCUUUUUGUUGGAUCCAUUCUCGGUGGGAAGUGAUCAACGUUUAUUUCGCACUGGCGACUCGGCGAGAAUGUUGCCAAACGGCAACAUUCAAAUCCUUGGUCGCUUGGACACACAAGUCAAGGUGAAAGGCUACCGCGUCGAGUUGGACGAAGUCGCGGAAGCAAUGAUGCAGCACCCAGACGUUGUUACAGCGGCGGCAAUUCUCAAGGACAAGACGAAUCUCGUUGGAUAUUACGCACCCAAACAAGUUGAUCCAGUCGAAUUACACCAAGUCGUGGCCGCACAACUUCCGUCAUACAUGGUACCAGACAUGUGGGUAGGAUUGGACUCGCUGCCUCAGAGCGUCAACGGCAAGAUCGACCGGAGAGCGCUGCAAGCGCUGGACGUGGACGUUACCAUUGAGCCGCUGGAGACGGCGGAAGAAAUUCAACUGGCACAGGUGUGGUCCGACGUGUUGGGGGUCCCCUUCGCCGACAUCGGUCGAACGUCGUCGUUCUUCGCUCUGGGCGGGGAUUCUAUCUCGUCCAUCAAAGUUGUUGCCGAAUGCGCAAAGCUAGGGUUGACACUGACUGUCGCGAAGCUGAUGACCGAAGCAGUGCUGCACCGAGUGGCACAAGUGUCGAGCGAUGCGGUCACCACAGUGUGGCCAUCGAGUCAGUUGGACACGUCGAUCGCGGAGGAGGUCAAAAUGUUUUGGUCGGACACGCUGAACCUUGACGACUUUUCCGUCUACCCUGUGACUCCACUUCAAGGCGGCAUGCUGUAUGCGACGUUGAGCGACCCCACAGCGUAUGUGAUGCAAUUGCCCAUUCCAAUCGACUCUGCUGUCGAGCCGUCGACUGUGUUGGAGUCGUUCGAGCGCUUGGUUGAGCAGCACGAAAUGCUUCGGACAACUUUUGUGACGACGACGACAGGACUGACUCAAAUCAUCCGAGAAGAUGCGGUGGGAGUGGAAACGGCAAGCGUUGCUGUGGACCACUUGGAGGAGUACCUUUCGGAGGACAUGACCCGAGGGUUCGAGCUCGGUGACAAGUUCUUUGUCCGGCUGGCCGUGGUGUCGGAGCCAUGUGCGAGACAUGCCGUCUUGACCAUUCAUCACGCGUUGUACGACGGAUGGUCGACCGGUAUGAUUGUGUCAGACUUGAUGGACCUCGUCCAUGGCAAACCGUUGGUACCCCGCGCGCCCUUCCGGACUGUUGUCGACUACAUCGAAGCGCAAGACAAGUCGAAGAUGGAAGCCUUUUGGCGGUCAUACUUGUCCGGAGUGGUGCCCUCGCCACUUACGUUGACAACCGCGACGUCCACCGUUGAGAGAGGCUCGCUGUCGCUCACGCCGACGUUGCCUCUGCAGUCGAUGACGGACGCAGCCAAGCGCAUGGGGACGACCCUGGCAGUGUUCACCAAGCUCGCAUGGGCGGCCACGCUCCGCAAGUUCACCCGAUCAAACGACAUUGUGCUUGGCCAAGUCAUGGCUAACCGUGACAUGCCGGUGAUGGGAGUGGACAGGAUCAUCGGUCCACUCCUUAGCACGGUGCCUUGCCGUGUGCAGUUUGACGACAGUCAGACACUGCAAGAGUUGGUGUCCGCUGUACAAAAUCAGCAAGGGACUUUGUCUGCCAACGCCCAUGCCAGCUUGGUGGACGUGAAACGAUGGAGCGGGGCUGACGGUGACCUCUAUGAUACUCUGUUCGUGUUCCAAAACUUGCCGGACGUGGACGCCGACUUACCGGAGAGCUCGGAGGAUGCCCUGCCGCCGCAGACUACGUCGCAUCACGUGUUCGAACUCGGUGUCGAACCCUCGUCUACGACGAUGACUGUCAACGGCCUUUACGACCCGCUGCGCAUGUCCUGGUCGCAAGCUCGUUCUCUUCUGGACGAAUUCGACUAUACCUUGACGCAGCUGCACCGCGAGUGGGACAGAGCCGGACACGUGUCCGCAUUAUGGGACCUCAGUCCGGCGAGAGAAGACGCCGUCUUGUUGGCGUCCCAGGGACUGGUGUCGCCGGUUGAAUUCACUCUGCUGCACGAGCCCUUUGAAACCACGGCGAAAUUGCAGCCCGACCUUCCCGCCGUCGAAUUCGAAGGCUCCGUUCUAUCGUAUGGACAACUGAACGCACAAGCAAACGCUGUCGCGAGUGAGCUGGUGGAGGUAGGCGUGGCGGUGGGAUCUUGCGUGGCGGUAAUCAUGGAUCGCUGCCUGGAGUUCCCGAUCGGGCUGAUGGCAGUACUCAAGGCCGGCGGGACGAUGAUGCCUCAGGAUGCGUCGUUUCCUGCCGCGCGCUUGGCCUACGCCCUGCACGAUGCUGGCACUGUGGCUGUGGUGACAACGGAAGCUCAUCGCGGCCGCAUCCAAGAGAUGCGUCUGGACAUUCCUGUCAUGUACAUCGAUACGAGUGAGCUGGCAAGUCGAGAAUCCGAAUUCACUCCUGCCCAACUUCCGUCCGGAGACAACGCGGCGUUCAUUGUGUACACGUCUGGAUCCACGGGACAACCCAAAGGCGUGCCAGUCCUGCACAAGAGUGCGCUGAACGCAGCAAUCCAGUGCUCGUCCAGGUUGGAAAUGCGUGGUGCACGAAUCCUUCAAUUCCUGGCCAUUGGUUUCGACGGGUGCCAGUGGGAAACGUGGAUGGCCUUCUCUAGCGCAUCGACGCUGGUGCUACGGACAAGCGAGCUCGACAGCGAUUUGAAGAACGUGGACAUGGUGGCGCAGACUGUGACAGGUCUGUCGUUGAUGGGUGACCCGUCCAACUACCCGAAUCUCAAGUGCGUUUGUGUCGGCGGUGAAGCCAUGCCACCUCAUUUGCGUGACACUUGGGCUGAGCACGUUCGCUUAGCCAACGUGUACGGCCCGAGUGAGGGCAGUAUGAUCACGCACGUUGAGGUCAUUGCCCCGUCGAGCGCCAUCACCAUCGGCAGUCCAAUCCCGAACGUUGUGUCGUAUGUCUUGGAUGACAGUCAGCGUGUGGUCCCAGUGGGCGUCGUGGGUGAGUUGUACUUGGGAGGUGUCUGCGUGUCGCCAUGCUACGUCAACUUGCCCGAGCAAACGGCCGAGCGCUUCUUGGUGGAUCCGUUCACGGGCGGCCGCAUGUUCCGCACGGGCGAUUGCGCGCGCCUGCUCCCGAGCGGCAAGUUUGAGAUACUGGGCCGCAAAGACAGUCAGGUCAAGUUGAAGGGCUACCGCGUCGAGUUGGACGAAGUGGGCGAGGCGAUGAUGCGCCACGGUAGCGUGAUUGCAGCGGCGGCGCUGGUGAAGGACAAGACCCACUUAGUCGGAUAUUUUUCGCCAGCCGAUGUCAACGUGGGUGAACUGCGCGAAUUCGUGGCAAGUCAAUUGCCAGUGUACAUGGUCCCGGCGGUCUGGAUCGGCAUGGACAACUUGCCUCUCAACACCAACGGCAAGAUCAACCGGAGAGCACUGCAAGCGCUGGACGUGGACGUUACCAUUGAGCCGCUGGAGACGGCGGAAGAAAUUCAACUGGCACAGGUGUGGUCCGACGUGUUGGGGGUCCCCUUCGCCGACAUCGGUCGAACGUCGUCGUUCUUCGCUCUGGGCGGUGACUCGAUAUCUGUGGUGAAGGUCGUUGGCGCGUGCCGAGAGCUGGGUAUCGUAUUGAGCGUUGGUCAAGUAGUAAAGGAGGCAUUGCUUUGGCGUGUGGCGGCCGCUGCGACUCUUGAGUCCGUCGUCGACGUGCCUGUCGUGUCGGUGGAUCGAUCGAUUAUUGCUGCCAUCGUUGCCGAAUGGAGCGAGAAGCUCAACUUUAGUGGCACCGACGUCGUUGUGUAUCCCGUGACGCAUCUGCAAGCGGAGUUCCUCAAAAUCUCCCACUCGAUGCCGUAUACAUUUGCGAUGCAAUCAAUGUUCAUGCUUCCUUCCGACAUGGCAUGCGAAGACGUGUGCCGCGCAUUCAGGACUGUGGUCGACCGCAACGAACUCCUCCGGACAACGUUUGUCGAGCACAAGUCCAAGUAUUACCAACUCAUUCGUCCCGACACGAGCGACAUCGAUAUUCAUGUUGAUUCGUCGUCGACGUCGUUGGAUGAGUUUCUGGCUCGCGAUCUCAAGCGAGGCUUCCAGGUCGGUGAAAAACACUUUGUUCGACUUGCCAUUGUUAUCGUCAACGGCUCGUGCCAUGCCGUUUUGACCAUCCAUCAUGCUCUGUACGAUGCCUGGUCUUUUGGUAUGACGACCUCCGAUUUCUGGUCGGCGCUUGCCAAUGAAGCAUUGCCUUCGCGCCCGAGUUUUCGGUCUGCCAUCGACUACAUUGAGGCAGACGCAGAUACAGCCGCUGCCUUUUGGCGCCGAUAUCUUGCCACCGCCCCAUUUCCUAACGAUGCACCUUUCGUCCUGGACUUGGCGGACUCGGUCACAACUGCGACCUUGGAACUUCCUUGCUCGAGACCGCUGCAAGUAUCGCGGUACGACCUCAACGCCGUCGCCAAGGUGGUGGAUGUCCCUGUGUACAUUAUACUUCGGUACGCGUGGGCGUUGACAUGGAAGCAGUUUACCGGUCGUGACACGAUUGUAUUUGCUCAAACGAUGGCGAACCGAAGCUUGCCUGUGAAGAAUGUCGACCGAAUCAUGGGACCAUUGCUCAGCGAAGCGCCAUGCUGCGUACACGUACUCGAGAGUGCGCCACUGCAUCAAGUUCUCCGCAACUUGCACACUGACGAAGCUGAGUUGACGCUGCACUCCCACGCGAGCGAAGACCAAGUUCGACAAUGGUGCAGCCAUCCGGUCAACGUGUGCGACACCCGAUUUGUCUUCUCCAACUUCCCGCGGCCAAGCGACGCUGUCAGCAACGACGACAAGCUCGAGUUCAAUAUGAUUCGCAACCAACGACAGCUACUAGAGAUGGUUGGCGUCGAGCUCUCACCCGACAUGACGUUUGCUCACACCUUCGUCGUCGCCAUUGAGCCGGAAGGCGACACAUUCAAGGUCACUGGCAACGAAGACCCUGCCAAGGUGUCUCCUGCGCAAUGCCGUGUUGUCAUCGACACGUUCGACCAACACGUCACUGCACUGGUGGAGGCGCUUCGCCUCGCCAACUAGAUAUUGCAUAACUCCAUUCGUACUUCAAUAUAUUUCAUUCAACUUUCC